AUGAGCUGGUUCGGAUUUGGAAAGACUGCAGAGAAGGGCGAUGACGAGUCCCAAACAGGCCAAGCCCUGCCCGCAGCGUGGUACAGAUCCCCUGCAAUGUACGAGUUAGAGCGCCGGGCUAUCUUUUCCAAGAAGUGGUUACUCAUCACCCAUAAGCUUCGAUUUCCAGACACUGGUCACUUUGUGAAAAUUACCGAAGCCGGGUAUACAUUCUUUUUGAUCAAAGAUCGCCAAGGACAAAUUCGUGCACAUCACAAUGUUUGUAGGCACCGAGCAUACCCCAUCGUCGAGAAGGAUUCCGGGAAAGCAUCCGUUCUUGCCUGCAAGUAUCAUGGUUGGUCAUACGGAUUUGAUGGCCACUUAGCCAAGGCGCCCAAAUACCAAGAAAUUCCUUCUUUUAAGAAGGAAGAUAAUGGCCUUUAUCGUGUGCAUGUGCACGUUGAUAAUUUGGGCUUUGUCUGGGUAAACCUGGAUGCAAAUGAUACUCCAUCAGUUCCGUGGGAGCAGGAUUUCGCAACAGUAGACUUUCAACCACGGUUAUUGAAGUUUGAUAUGGAUAAGUAUCACUUUGAUCACCAAUGGGAAAUGACUGGAGACUACAACUGGAAGGUGCUUGCAGACAAUUACAACGAGUGCUACCAUUGUCCUACCGGACACCCUGCACUUCCUGCAGUCACUGACUUGACUAAAUACUGGGUGGAAACAUCAGGUGGUCAUAUUCAACAUUAUGCCGUAGACAAAGAAGACCCAGAGGCUAAGAGCCUGGGUAAUGUCAGCACAUACCUGUACCCGAAUGCCUCGAUGACUGUCACACCACAUUUCUUCUUCAUUCAACGCUGUGUUCCCCUAUCCGCGACACAGACGCACAUGGAAUACGAGGUAUACAGGCACGAUGAUGCCACUGAUGCCGAGUUCACCGAGAUUAGUGAUUUUUUCAAGAACAUCAUGAGAGAAGACAAGGAUCUGUGCAAUGGGGCGCAGAAGAAUCUCAACACCGGCGUUUUCUUGAAUGGCGAGUUACACCCUCGGGUAGAAAAGGGCCCUUUGUUCUUCCAAAAACUGACUCGAGAUUUGGUGACAACACAUCACGAAGCAGAAGAGGCAGCCGGAGCUGAAAUUUGGCCAGCAGUACCCAAGCAUAAGGUCACAACCACGAUGCAAGCGGACAUAGACUUGUGCAGCCGGCUUGAUUGCGAAUCGAGCCGUAAAGCAAACUGCGAAUUGGCAUGGUAG